AUGGCAGGUGGUCUGACCAAGGGCUUCACGGCUGCCGUCGUCUUUGCCUAUGGAAUCUUUACGCUGGUUCUAUAUGGAGUCACAGCUGUGGUGAAGGGCACCUUUUUCAAGCGUAUGACGGAGAAGGAGAAGCUGGAACUACAGCUCGCUCGUGAACGCUUCUGGAAUCUUUCGAAGGAAUGGUCUGGUCUCUCCCACAAUAUCCUCGCCCUGCGAAGCGGAUUCAAGUUUCACUAUCUCUGCAACGACACCCCGGAAAUCGCGACCGCUUCUCAGAAACCACUGGUGGUCUUUAUUCACGGGUUUCCUGAUAGCUGGGCUGUGUGGCGGUAUAUCGUGAGCUCGAAGUCUCUUCGGUCUGCGGCCACGCUGGUUGUGCUUGACUUGCCGGGCUACGGAGGUAGUGAUGGGUUGGACAAGUACUCGGGGACAAAUGUGCUGGAGAGCUUGACAGAGUUCAUCAUCGCGAUCCGAGCCAAGUACGGAAUCGACACGGAGAGUGGGAACAGUCAGCGCAGGACGGUGAUUGUGGGGCAUGACUGGGGUUGUGUUCUUUCGACGCGGCUUGCGGCUGAAGCUCCCCAGCUGGCGGAUCGGUUCAUUCUCACCAAUGGGCCUGUGCCAGGACUCGUUGUGGCGAAUAUUCGACGUCUGCUGUCUUCCUCGUCCAAGAUGUUCAAGACCUCCAUCCGCUCUCCAAUUCGGUCGCGUUCGACGCUUCUCAAGGCCGUCAAGUCCCUUUGGCCCGUCUUCCACCAAUUACAACUCUCAGGCUAUGUUUUUGUGAUGCAACUGCCGAUGGUCCUCGUUCGCUACUUUGGUACCGGGGGCAACUUCUUUUUGUUGAAGGCGAUCCAUAAGAGAUCCCACGGGAACGCCGAGUUCACGAUUCGGGAUGCUGCAGAGUGCAUGGCCAGCAGCUUGGGUCCAUCGACAGAAGAAUGCAAGACUCGAACAGCUGAUGGCACCGAGUACCCACCUACUGUGAAGAAUGAACGUGCGCUCUCCAACUUCCAGCAUAUGGUUGGCUACUACCGCGAUGGGGCGGCAGUAUCGCGCUGGCGCAAAUCCGUCCAAACCAUUGCCGACCUGCAUAGCAUCGCGGGAGGAAACGAAAUGCGACGCACCAGUAGUGGAGCCGGAUUGUUCGACGACGGACCUGCUGGGGUGUUGAAGGCGAAUUCUACGAUCCUCUGGGGCAAGGCCGAUAUUGCUCUCAACGCCCAGCUGUGUCUGGAUGGUAUCUCGGAUUAUUUGGUCUACAACAGCCAGGUCGUGGUGCUCCCGAGAUCCGGCCACUUUACUCCGUUGGAGCGGGAGAGCCGAGUCGCUAUUGAGAAGACGGUGGAAUGGGCCGUGAAGGGGGAAAAGGAGGAUAUCGGUGCUGUGGUUCAGGCUUGUUACCCCAACGCGGUGGUGACUAUCCGGAAGUAG